AUGAAUGCCAACUACCCUAUUUACCUACAAGAAAUUAAAGAGAAUUGUGCACCCUUGAAAGACAUUUAACUGAGUCACAAGAAAUCCCUUCCUCAUAUUAUUGAAUCCAUUACCUAAAAGAUUCCUUAAGUCAAAAAAUAAAGCAUCCACAAAAUAUGUUCCCAACAAGUAAGCUAAUCUAUUUAAUUUUAUAAUUGCAGGAAUAAAGAAUAUAUUCUAAUAUUCACAAACUCAAAAAAUAUAAUCUACUCAAAGAAAUUGGACAUGUGAACCCUCAACUUCACCAAGAAUUGCAAAACACUCGAGAUCAUCAACUCCCUUACAAAUUAAGUAAAAUUACACUUUAACUCCACUAGUCCAAUAUCAGAAAAUCAAACAGUUAUAGGGAGAGCUGAUUACUGAGAAUUAGGAGUCGACUAAUAACUUAAAUGAUUGCUAUGGAUAGGAUGAUAUCAUGUGUUCAAACAGAAAGAUACUACUGAAACCUUGUAUGCGAAACAUCAUGGAUGACUACGAAAAUCGUUAUAAUGAAUAUAGCGACUCUUACAUCAAUAAAUACUUGGAUCUGAAUUGA